AUGGGGCCUCAAUUUAGGCUUCUUCUUCUCUUCAAAUUUGAUCUCAAAUACGUUACACUCAAGGCAAUUAAAGGAAAAGUUGUAGAGGAAUUCCUGGCCAACCACCCAAUAAAAGAAGAUGAGGCAAUGGAAUACUUGUUCCCAGAUGAAAACAUUUUGCAAAUGGAGGAGGAAACAUGGAUGAUGUACUUUGACAGAGCAUCUAAUCAAUAUGGUUAUGGAAUCGGUGUGUUGCUGAUGGCACCCGAUGAUUCCCAUAUACCUUUAGCCUUCAAACUCCAAUUCAAAGCGUCAAACAACGAAACUGAAUAUCAAGCGUGUAUUGCUCAUUUGGAAGCUGCCCUAGAACUAGGGGUGAUAAGGUUAGACGUAAUCGAAGACUCAAACUUGGUUGUCUCUCAGGAAAACGGAGACCGAAGAGUCAAAGAGAAUAAAAUGAAGGCGUACCAUCAGACUCUAGAUCUCCUGAUUUCAAGGUUUGAAAAGCUGACGUUUACACAUCUGCUAAGAGAGAACAAUAGGUUUUUUGAUGUAGUGCCAACUCUAUCUUCUAUGGUAGACAUCCCAUUGGGAGUGUGUAGACAUCCCAUUUUUGACCGCCCUUAA